AUGCGGUUUUACACCAUGUCGAGAAAACGGGCAAUUCUUUUGUUAUUAUUUAGAUGUUUAUUUUAUCUUCACUCUGUAAUUGGGUUAAGCAACACUACUUUUUCAAGUUUGGCGAUUUCAGUUAAAAACACAACAAUGGAAAAAUCGAAUAACCCAUUGAAAGUAAAUAACGGCGGAAGACGCAACUACAGUCAUUGGAAAAGCCGACAUGUUGUCAAGCCGGUGAAUGUAGGAAAACGUUCUAAUUUUACCAGCAUUUCCGCAGCUUUAAGAGCUAACAAGAGACCAAAGGAUACCCUGGAGGAUACUGUACUACGUUCAGCAUUUCAAACCAGAAAGUUAAAGGAAGAACUUCAAAGGAGACAGGUAAGUUUGAUUGUACUUGUUUCACAUCAUAGAGAUGGGGCUGCUUGGAACGGUGGUAUAACCUGAAUGCAAGAGUAAGAGAAGUAUCUAUUCUAUUGCUAUAGGAAAGGGUUGGGGGAGGGGGGGAGGAAGAUGAGCCUAACGCGUGAGCGCAUGUUCCCCCGGGGGGAAAUAAGGGAUUAAGGCAAUUUAGAAUAGUUUGGAACUUGGAUUAUGGAUUCCAAUCUUUAUUGGGAUUCCGGAUUCGUUGAGCUGUAUUCUGGAUUCCAAAGCCCAAGAUUCCAGAUUUUACAAGCAAAAUUAUCGAUAUGUCCCGGAUUCCAAACCCAAAACUCGGUAAUAUCAGGUAAAAUGAGGCGAAUCAACAGCACUCUUAAGUGCUUCAUGUCACGGAGACCUGGAUAAGCUCCAACCUUAUAAAUAUGUGGGUCUCUUUACCCGUGAAGGUAGGCUCAGACGUUUUAUUUUUAGACCUAGACCGCUGAACUGUGUGCAUGUAUCUGCAGAUGAUAGCCCCAGGGUAUUACCAAGCUGAGUGUUCCGAAAAGAAGCCCUGUAAAGAAGGAAUGUACUGUAAUGUACUGUAUUGCGAGAAAUGUCAUAAACUCAACGUGGCCUGCAACGCUAAUGAGCAGUGCUGUGAAGGAAUGGUCUGCACUUUUGGGAGGUGCGAGAAAAAGUCCAAAGGAGAUCCAGGUAGCGUAAAUAUUUAGCUUAAAGCCUUCAAAGGGGAAUUCUUGUUACAUAAGUUUGUCAACGAUGACUGUCAUGACUGGACCGGCAAACGAUUACAGCUAGUACUGAUCACCUGACCAAGGUUUUCCCUUUUCUGUUCACAUAGAAAAACUAGUAGUUUCGUGUCAGUUGCAUGAGAAAUUAUUUAUAACAAGAACGCGCUUACAGCGGUGUCAGGCUUGCUUGCUUGGAGAUUACAUCGAGAAAUGAGGAGGCGAUUAAUUCUACACGAAACAGGAUUAACUCGCUAAAGGUUUUUUACUUCCUACUUUAUCGACGUCGAUACUUUUUACUUGUUUCUGAAUUGAUUUAGUGCGCGUGUUAGCGUCGCCAUCGGAAAUACGUCUACGGUCGCAGGCUGUACGCGUGUUUAAAUACACGAAAAUUCAAGGGCCUCGAUUCCAGAGAAAUUACAUCAUUGCCAGAGAUCAAAAAAGUGAUUUACAUGGACGUAACAAUUUCAACCAUGGCCGAAAAUAAAUCGCAUGCUCAUCACAAGACUCAUUUGCAUACAAUGAGAGUUUACAACAACAUAUUUUUUUCCCGACCACUCAGUAGUGUUCACUUGUUCCAAAGUAAUCAACGCUUUCACGCGAUAGAAUUUGUGGACCGACACGUUUCGGAAAAGCUCUAAAUUUAAUCUUUCUUAAGCUUUCUUCGCAAAACCGUGCGUGGCUUCGAUCACGCAACGAUUCUUAGUCCCAAUUUCCACGGUCUCCGCAAGGAACGCCUGGUACAAUGAUUCCCCAUUUGUACAUCAAAAUACGACGAAAAACCCCGGGUGGAUACUUCCAGAAAAAUUGGGUGGGGGUGAACGGCAUGCUUCCUGAAACCCUUACCCUAUUUCAGACCGAAAUCUGUGAUUUUUCCUACCCUAUUUCAGACCUGAAGUCCUGGAGCCCGGCUCGUGACCGAAGCGCGUGACAAGCUGUUACGGCAGGUACACGGUUGGCGUAAACAUCCAAAGGGAAAUGGUCUUAUCGCCAAAUGAUGAAGAAAUAGCUUAAUCUAAAAAACAUGCCCAAUUCAAGACUAGAGUGCAAAAACCAUACCCUAUUUCAGACCAAAAUGGUCGAAAUUGAUACCCUAUUUCAGACCAAAACGGAUAAAAAAACCAUACCCUUUGGCGACGCAGAUACCUAUAUAGCCCGUAUAAGGGAGUAACGGCCCCUCCCCCCCUGGGCGAAAAACGUGUUGCUUACGCAAGCGAGACUAGUUAUUUGAAUCUGACGUUAGCCUUUUGUCGUUAACAUCAGUGGAGUGAUUCUAAAUCUCUCUACUCACUCAGCAACAAAAUAAUUAAAAGUAUUGGACUUAACUGAAAGAAAAAAAGGACAGAUUCGUUUAUUCAAUUCUCGACUGUGACAGGACUUUUAAAAAGGGAGUCUACAACUUUUAAGCGGCAGUCUUUUUCUAAUCUGUUCGUUCGAAGCCAUUAAAGAGCGCCUAAUAUAAUUAAACUCUGACAAUCUCACUAGCUGCAUAAAGCACUCAUUUUUUACCCAACAAGCCAACAUGUUUCAGUUGACCGACUCUCGAUUCUCCUGGUUCUCGUGUAACGGAACCAGGUUUUAUUAUAAGCUGCCGCUGGUCGUUUUUCAGCCAAUAAGAUCGCCAGCUGAUUAAGGGUCCAGCGAUCUGAUGUCUGAUCUCCUUCGUCCAAGCUUAAAUUAAUGCGAUCAAAAGAUGUUAAGGAAAUCACUGAAUAAUUGUCUAAAGUCAACUAACAUUAAAUUCAGGCUAUUCACCUCAAGACGGACCGGACUUCUCACUUUAAUAGGCUCCAAGAAUCAUAAAGAGCUGGUCUUGUGGAUAUUCAGUAUUUUUCUUCGUUUCUUUUUCUUCUUCUUCUCUCUCUCUCUCUCUCUUGUUUUUUUCGCUGUUCGCUAAGGUGGUAGUCUAAGAUUGACAAUGAGUUGCAAACGAACCUUUAAUUUGCGUUUGUGCGUACGUUUAAAUAUUUAUUGUGUUUUGAAACUACUUAUUUCAGGAACAUUCUGUGAAAAGGAUAGCGAUUGUAAUGAUGCUUGUUGUGUGCUGGAGCCAACCAUAAACUCUCAUCUUCCAAUAUGUAAGCCAACAUUGGGUGAAUAUCAUCAAUGUGCCGCCAUUUUGUAUCGAAAGAUCUGGGUCGGAGACAAGCCAGACUGCGGACCGUGUAAGCCUGGCCUCGAAUGCGUCCAGAAAGGGUCAGUAAUUCAAAACAGUACUGCGGUAAAAACCCCCAAGUAAGAACCUGGCGGGUUUUUAAGAACCUCUUAGGCUAAAAUUUGCUAUUUACGGCCCCUCUACACAAGAACCUGUUAAGCUUUUUGAAACAGGUUCUUGUUUUCUAAAAUCUAUAAAAAAAUUCUGUACACUUGGUCAAAUAAGAUAAGUCAACAUUCAGGAUCCUCUUUGCCGAGAAUAAGCUGAAUACCACUAAACACCCUUAGAAACAAUGUAUUUUUACUUCAGAGCAUAAGAACCUAUUUAAGGACCUAAAUAGUUCAAUUAAAUUAAAUUUGUGGUACUUACCAUUUAUGUAGGAACAUGUGCGGGCUAUUACUUGGGAAAAUGCAGGAAAACUCGCGGGUUUUUACCAACGAGGUACCAUACCAUCGAUGUUUCAAAUUUACAUAAAACGUUACACUGAUAAUAAAAAGACAGUUCUUACCUGGCUAUAGCACUUUAGGCUAGAUAGAUAGAUGGGUAGAUUGAUAGUUUUUUUAGGCUUUAAAAGCAUAUGGCAAUUAAUUUUUGAUAAGUUUAUUUUUGGACAUUUGUGUGAGUGCGAAGCACCAGACAAAAUACACGUACCAUAAGGUUUUCCAGUGUGAAAGAUGGCGGCCGGCUCUAUUCAAAAACCUUCCAACUCCCUCUCCAGUGCCGGACACUAGGGGCGCUUUCCAUUUACGAAAAAAACCCGGAAAUUUCGGUGGUAGCAAAAGUGGAAUUUCCGAUCGGUAAAAAGUUGUUCCAUUUGGUCGUAAACCCCGGUACGUGGCCGGGUGCCCGACCGUGGACCUGGAACUGGUACAAACUACAAGAAACGUCAAUGGAAGACCAUGGAACACGACAUUCCGUUCGGAAAUUCCAACCGGGAAAACGGGACCACCUUUUUAGAUUUUCCGCUUUUUCUGGGAAUUUUCCAGUGGGACGAACCGACGAAACGUGUUCCAUUUACCGCCGAACCGGAAAUUCCGGAAAUUUUGACUAAAUGGAAAGCGCCCUAGUACUCAUGAGGAAGGUAUCGGUCACACUCAGCUUUUUUAGAGCUUAUUUUAAUAACCACAAAAAACCUCAAGUCAGUAUCCAACGCGUCCGUGACGAGAAAAAUUCUACCUCAGGGCCCCUCGGCUUGAACCAAAGAGCGAUCUUUUUAAAAAAAGGGUCUCAAGAUUCCUUUCCCUCGACUAAGUCAGUGUGCUUUUAAAAGAAUUCAAUUCUGUGAUUUAUAUUCUUUUUCACCAGCAUUUUUGGCAGCCAUGAAGUUUGUAUCAAACCGGAGUGAAAUAGACAAGUGCAAUCAAGUUACAGGUCUUCAAAUGAUUUACAAGUUCCUCUUCCAAGAACUUCACAUUAUACGGCCGUGCCAGCGAGUUUCCAGAAGAAAAAAUGUCAGCCUUAAAUUGCUCUCAUGCCCAUUGCAUUCAGAUUGAGUUGUUAAACUUGUUACAGUAAAUAAAAACUAAGUACAUGGUCACAUACCUGCUUCAAUACCAGUUUACAAUAUGAACACUAAACGAAACGGUAUGCUGUUAACGGCAUGAGUCAAAUCAAACGACAAUAAUGCUUGACAACAAUUGGACUACAGUACUAAAGAAAGUCUGCAUCAUGCUUUGACAGUGUUGGGAACAGCAUUUUAGGGUCAAUAGACCUAGUUUAAUUUAGCUGCACUUUGUAAAUUAAAGGAACGGUAGAGGGCUUUAUACCAGCAGCUUGCCGCAACUAGCCCGGAAUAACAGUUUUUUCCGUUUCCAAUGUUGCCAUUGUAACAAUACGCUCAUCAGACAAAACUCAGUGGUAGCCUGUUCCGGACAUUCAGAUGGUGGGGACGGCGUAAAGAGUUUCUUUUUUUACCCUUUGGUGUGACCACCCCCGCCGCACUCCACUGUCUGAACAACGCCUGGAACACAGCACCACUUAGGCUACAAAACCGGUGGAAACACGCCAUAAGCAUCAAAUCAAAAAGUGAUCGUCAUAUCUUGACACACGUUCAGUAAUGAUUAUUAAACGAACCUACAGCGAUCUUACAAAGAAAUAUUGAACAAAUCUCUAGUGAUCUUAUAGAAAAAUAAAGACACUGAAGAAACAAAGGUUAAAUUCAAUGGUCCAUGCCAGGGCAGAUAAUUAAGGUUGGGCGGUGAAACGAGCGCAUCCAAGCAAAAAGGUGUGAUGCAGUGGACUGGGACACUGCUUAGAAAUGUCGCUUGUUUUCGACUUCGGUCGGGGCUUGCGAAGGGCUUGUGAAGGACUUGCGAUGUGGUUUGUACAUUAGACACUGCCGCUGUCACUGAAUUAUGGUGGCUUGAUUUGUUUUCUUGCACCUCUUCCUCAUUCCUUUGUGCUGGUACGCUGUCUCCGAGAGGCAAAUGUUGCUAUUUUUUGCGGGAGGUUUAGUUGGAGUAGACAAACAUCUCUUUCAAAGGGUUUCUUUUAUUACUUCCAUGACUCUACCACUGAAUUAUAUUUGCCUUCUGCUACUCACCAAUGUCGAUGUUAUUCCAAAACAAAAACAACUAAGUACUGUCUAAAACACGAAGGAAAAUCUCAUCCAUGUCAUCCAUAGCAAAACUAAAAGACAACAGAUCGUGUUUCAUAAAGCUUCAUAACUAGAUGACGUGUAUUUUGUAAAUGCGUGCAGCUCGUGCAAGGUGAAAUUAUGCUAAUUUCAAUCACCAUCAUCCUUCUUUUUAAUUUUGAAAAAAACAUCUCAUACGUCUUUCUGUUUCUUCGAAACUUCAAAAUUAGUUUCCCCUCAGUUUUUCCUGUUUACCUUGUUUUGUUUUAGAGAAAAAAACGGAGAAAAAACCUUACAACUAACCUCAAUAAAUUUUGUUUACAUGCGGUUUCCGGAUUUGCUACGCAUUGAGCGAAUCGCCAUGGCGCGUUGCACCCGAGAAGCAAAGUUUGAAGAAGUACAACGCCACUAUAUCAAUAUAUAUCAAUCUAAUUUUUUGUUAUUUUAUAUAAAAUUUAUCCCCCUUUAACAUAUGUAAAAAUUGAGGUUAAGAAGUGUUAAGAUUUUGCAAACGAAACGGCGAAAGACGAUAAGGUGAUAUUUAGUGGAAGGAGGAGGUAUUCAACACUUUCAAAUUAAACUCAAAUUUUGGCAUUAUACGACCAACAAGUUUGACUUAUAGACGUACAGAAACUGAAACUGUUUAUUGAUAUUGUUAUGAAACGAAUUUAUCUAUUUAACAUUGUAGCCUGAAAUUACAGAAAGAAAAUAGGGUUUCCGGUUUGCAAAAAGGAAAAUUUCGCGGAGCGCUGGUGCCAGUCCUACUCCGCAUCACACAUUAAAUGAAGAGCGGAGCGCUCGUUUCACCGCCCAACCCAGGGGCGGAUAAAGGAACACCGCGGCAAAACGUCUACGCAUGCGCCAGAUUGAGCAUUUCCGGUCUCUUUUUCAGUCACACUUUCCAGUCAAAGUCUCCCGCGCGCUUCAUUCUGUGUGCAGCUUGUGGUUCAGUUGUUCUGCUUUAUGCUGCUCGUGUUUUUGACUAUUUUGUAGUUAUUGAAAUUGCUUUUAUGGAUAACCAGGCACAGAUCACUGAAACAAUUAGUCGAUUAGAUUCAGAAAAGGUAAGAUGAUAAUAACUCAGUGUGUAAUUUUGGCUAGAGCGUCAGGUAAACUGAUUUUCAUUCACGAAAAUAAAGUUUUUGACUGUUAUUUUUCACUUAACCUGGCUGAAACUAAGACAUACGAAUUAAAACGUUAUCAUUGCAAGCUUGUGUAUUGUAGUUCUAAUUUUUAGUUCUUCAGUUUCUCAGUCUACAUGUGUUAAAGCCGAUUCAAACUUUAUUUGGAAAACGAUAACACACAAUCGCUUUGUAGUUUUGUUUACCAGUGGGUUUUACCGUGUUUUAAAACGAAACUCUUCUGGGUUGAUUGCCAUGAAACAUCAGCUUAAUCAUACUGUUGAGCCGGUUGGCAGCAAGUUGACAACUCUAUUUAUUUAUUUUUCCAUUCUCAGAAUCAGAGAGCGAAAGCUGGUUCAGUGGCUUUUAGAAGUCGAACUUUUCAUGCCAUGUAUUGAGCAGCUAGAAGUUUCGUGUUUGCAUGAGAUGCAGCCGAGCCGCACAGUCUGAAAUUAUUGAAGUCUUCAACAAAAAGACAACCAUGUAAAAGAAUUAAAUAGGCAUUUUCUUGAAUGAAAGUCAUUUAUAGGCAUGUUUAGUUUCCCGGUGACUGCAGUCAUCAAAGUCAAAGUUGUUAUUAAAUCCCGCCCAUCUUUUGUUUUGAGUUCUUGUUUUCUCUGAUAAUAAAACAAAUUAUUGAACGGACUAAAAUUUUAUUUCCUGGUUUUAGUGUGUUUUUAUGAUAAUGAUGAUGUCUUUAUUUUGGUUUCUUUCAUAAGUAUUGUUAUUCUUUUCUUAGUUGUCGCCUUCUCCCAAAUUAACUUAUGCCAAACCAGUAGCAUGCAAGAAAGCCAGUAAAAACAAAUUCGUCUUGUCGAGCGCUCGCGACCUGCAAACUUCAAACAUCAUUUUCACCGUUGGUGCAAACAGAUAACCAUGUGGUGCAAAAGUUUGAGAAUAGAAAAAUAUAUAAGCUUUCGAAUGAAGUGAUUUUUUUGGCCCCCUUUUUUGUCUGUUUCGCCCUUUUUGCUUUUAAACUUGACGCGACGGCAAAGUUAUGCUUACGCUAUUGGUUUAUAUACUAGACCGGAAAUAAAAAGCUGACCGGAUAUUAAAUUUUGUGCUCAUGCGCAUUGCGUUUUGCCGCGGUGUUGGAUAAAGGUUGGGCGGUGAAACGAGCGCGUCCGAGCAAAAAGGUGUGAUGCAGUGGACUGGGACUCUGCUUAGAAAUGUCGCUUGUUUUCGACUUCGGUCAGGGAUUGCAAUGUGGUUUGUCCAUUGGACAUUGCCGCUGUCACUGAAUUAUAGCCGCUUGAUUUGUUUUCUUGCACUUCUUCCUCGUUCCUUUGUGCUGGUACGCUGUCUCCGAGAGGCAAAUGUUGCUAUUUUUUUGCGGGAGGUUUAGUUGGAGUAGACAAACAUCUCUUUCAAAGGGUUUCUUUUAUUACUUCCAUGACUCUACCACUGAAUUAUAUUUUCGUUCUGCUACUGAGUACUCACCAAUGUCGAUGUUAUUCCAAAACAAAAACAACUAAGUACUGUCUAAAAGACGAAGGAAAAUCUCAUCCAUGUCAUCCAUGGCAAAACUAAAAGAGAGCAGAUCGUGUUUUAUAACUAGAUGACGUGUAUUUUAUAAAUGCGUGCAGCUCGCGCAAGGUGAAAUUAUGCUAAUUUCAGUCACCAUCAUCCUUCUUUUUUAUUUUGAAAAAAAAAAUCUCAUACGUCUUUCUGUUUCUUCGAAACUUCAAAAUUAGUUUCCCCUCAGUUUUUACUGUUUACCUUGUUUUGUUAUAGAGAGAAAAGCGGAGAGAAAACCUUACAACUAACCUCAAUAAAAUUUGUUUACAUGCGGUUGCUAGAUUUGCAACGCAUUACGCGUAUCGCGAUGGCGCGUUGCACCCGAGAAGCAAAGUUUGAAGAAGUACAACGCCACUAUAUCAAUAUAUAUCAAUCUAAUUUUUCGUUAUGUUAUAUAAAAUUUAUCCCUCUUUAACAUAUGUAAAAAUUGAGGUUAAGAAGUUUAAGGCUUUUACAAACGAAACGGCGAAAGACGAUUAGGUGAUAUUUUGUGGAAGGAGGAGGUAUUCAACACUUUCAAAUUAAACUCAUAUAUUGGCAAAUUACGACCAACAAGUUUGACUUAUAGACGUACAGACACAAACAUAUGAAACUGGUUAUUGAUAUUGUUAUGAAACGAAUCUAUCUAUUUAACAUUGUAGCCUGAAAUUACAGAAAGAAAAUAGGAUUUCCGGUUUGCAAAAAGGAAAAUUUCGCCUGCCUUCAAGCGCACCGGAAGCGCGGAAAGAGCGCUCGUGCCAGUCCUACUCCGCAUCACACAUUAAAUGAAGAGCGGAGCGCUCUUUUCACCGCCCAACCUUUAUCCGCCCUGGCCCAACCUUUUAAUAUCCGCCCUGGUCCAUGCGCUUAACUACCAGGACAGUUCCCUCUCCGAAAGCCAUUCUAACUUCCGUGACUAUUAAUUUCACUAACAGCUACUAACGCAGGGCUGUCAACCCCCCAAGUGUUCAAAUAUUAGGGAGCUUGAUAAUAAUAAUAAUAAUAAUAAUAAUAAUAGUAAUGAUGAUGAUGAUGAUGAUGAUGAUGAUGAUGAUGAUGAUGAUGAUGAUGAUGAUGAUGAUGAUGAUGAUGAUGAUGAUAAUAAUAGUAGAAUUAAUUUCUACACGAUUAAAAAGUACAGCGGAGCUGAUGUGGUCGUAUUAAAACUAAAAAUAUUAUCAAAAUCGUUAAAGUAAUCAAAAACACUUAGUUUACAAAAAAAUUCAAAGCCGAGAAAUGGUUACUUAGAAACCGACAUUUCAAUUAAUGUCCUUUGAAAAGAGUCAAAAUAAAAUAUUUUGAUAUUUUCCUUGUGUGACUCUCUAGAGAGUUGCAGUUGCAUUUUAUUUAAGCCGCGGCUUAUUUUCUCUCGUAUAAACCUAAACGGCCUUAAGGUUGCAUUGGUGCUUUGUAGCAGAUAUGGACUUGCGAAGUAGCUCUGUCUUGGGAAAAAGGUAUUUCAAACGUAAGCUUUCUUCAUAAAUUAUAACUGCGGUCGCACUUUUUAAAAAAAUUUCUGGACAGUUUUGGGGGGAAUUUGGUAAAAACAUUUAUGGGCUAGUAAGAAUAAUUUCAGAUCAUACAUAGAUUAUUUGAUAAAAACCAGUUCGCAUGACAGGCUAGCUCCUUGUCGCUCGACGUGCACCAGUCUAAACCAAAAAUAAUUUUAGCAGCCCGAACAAGGAUUUUUUCCAGCUCCUCAAAGAGAGUUUUUAAGCAACUACGAAGAUGACGGCAACGGGAAUGGCAAAAAGCAAAUGCACGACUACGACGUGAAAAUGCCUACUUUCACGAUUUAUGGCAACCUCGUUCCCAGGGUUCGCUCUGUAGGGCGGGUAGGAGAGAACACUGGGAACGAAGUUGGAUUUAUGGAGGACUAAAUUUGGAGGACUUGAACGCAAGACAAGGAUUUUCUUUUUUCUUUUAGUGAACUUAGAAACAGUCGCUUCAGAAUUCCGACUCCUGAGAAAAUACCCAACAUUUGACAAAUGAAAUGCGAUGAAAUUUAAAACAGCGUGAAUUCUUUUUUUUGGGUGACGUUUUCGCUGGCGUUGCCGUCGUCGUCGCUUAAGCUCCCUAUUGAGGAUGAUAGAUGACGUCAUAACACACCGGACAUGACGUCACUUGAGCAAAAAAAUACUCGUUGACUCAGAUUAGGACCUUUUAUAUAAAGCCGAGGAGAAAAUAAGCCACGUCUUACUUUGGCUGCAGCUUACAUAAGACACGAACAUCCGUAUAAAUGGUGCAAAUCUCCGUUCACGGCUUAUACAACCCACGGCCAUCCAGCUCAAGCCAGAGGCAUAUCGACGAGUUUUGGGCUGGGCCUAUCCAAGCCGCGGCUUAUCUUGGACAUGGAAGUAUUCGUAUAAGUGUACUCAAACGUUGUCCGCGGCUUGCUGAAGCCAAGCUGUAGUAGCUUGUAGUAAAGCUGAAGCCGUGAACGUUUGCUACCCAUGCUCAUGCUCUGUUUUCAAUUACAUCCCAGACCUUCGCGCCUGAGAGACGCGCGCUGUAGUGGCGGGAAAAUGACCUGGUACACAAGGGGGCCCAAAUUUUUGUUUAAACCCGACCUCAUCCAUAUGCAUCCCUGGAACAUCUCUUUCGAAUCACUCGAUUGAUCGCUGACUAACUUUUUCCGCACAAGUUUCGCAACAACCCAAAGCAACCUCGUCCUCAGGGCGCUUUUCCCUGGCUUUCAGGGAAAAGCGCCCUGGGGACGAAAUUGAACCCAACGCUAAUCUUGAUCGAAAUGUUAAUUUGAAACGAGAAAGAUAAUGUAAAAUUUAGCUAUUUUCCAGUCCAAGGCCAAUCGUUUCGUUUUCGCAAAUUAUGCGAGGCACCAAAACAAACUACGUCAUCCUUGGACUGGUCUGCAGCUGACCGCGAAGUAAGCCUCGAACCAUUUAUACCCGCAGUUCGCGCCUUUUGUAAGCCGUACUCUUAUAACUGGUUCCUUUCGCGUCUUAUGUAAGCCGGGGCUUUUUUUCUCUGGUAUUAACGGCCCUAUUGUCACGAAUUUACGAUGACACAAAACGCGCGAAAAAGAUGUUUCUGGCCCUGAUUGGUUUACUUCCUACCAAUCACAUUAUCGCUUAUAUUACGAUGGCACUGACCGAAGUUUUUGAAAAUACCUUAAACAACGUAAAUAAUUUGAAAUUUUAUUGUCAGAACUGAGUCGAGUCUACUGAAGAAAUGGCAACCUUCGGCGAUUAUCCGGGAGAUUCCAUACUCUCAUAACAGGCCAGAGCCCCGAUUUUAAGUACUAGGCGACUUUGAAAGACGCGUGCUUCACAUAUUUGUGGCGGAUUAGAAUGCCGGCUUGGUUAGAGGCCCUUUGUUUAAAACAUGGCGGGAUACUCGCAGCUUAAGGCAAGCAUGUGCCUUGUAGCUGUCAACGUAAUGCUUUUUAAUUACAUUCUGUCAUAAUUAACAAAACCCGAUCCAUGUUUGAUUGAAAGUAAUUGUACAAAUCUGGUACCAGACAAACCGCUUUUAAAAAACAAAACAACAAAACUAGUUUAUGGUUAUUUCUCAUUAAUUUCACUUAUCAAAACAAAUAUUUACUUUUAUCAGUUUUCCCGUUUCUUUCAAAACGUUCUUCAUUUCCGUGCGUUUCACUGUAGUCAAUGAAAGACACGUUUUAUCGGUCGUCUUUUACGCGGGAACAUCAAAAUUUCCAUCUUUCAAAACGCGAUGAACCAAAGCUUGCAGGGUACCAAAGCGCCAAAGACGCACGAUGCAGUCCCGGUGUUUUGUGAGCACCCGUUAAGAAUAUUGAACGCCAAAACUAUCAAGUUUUGGUACAGCGAGAGGCAGCUAGUUUCUGUAUCCAAAGGUUAGUGCAUGGACAGGCUAUCGAAAGAAAAUAAAAGGGAUGCUUGCCCAAUGGAUAGUAGGCCUAACUACGCAAAUAAAUGUCUCAUUGCAUCCUUGUCUGCGAGGUUAGUACUAAAUUUACACUAUAGAAUACAUUACACAACUCAAUCCGCAACACUUUGCAAGUAGAAUUGGCGAUCAGUGUGGGCAAUUUAUAUUUCUAAGGGACGUCCGUCCGUCCCACAAAGGCUUAACGCGGGGGGGGGGGGGUUUAGUCAAUGACUGACAUAAGAGUUUCCUCACAAUCAACCCAGUUAGAGUGCGAUAAUGUGCGCGUGAACUUUGCCUACAACUGGCAAUAAGCUGAAUAAACCGGAAGCUGAACACCAUGAAUAAGUUACUCAUGUAAAUUAUAUCGCUCAGGUUUUUUUUUCUUUUUUUUCAAGUAGCGGAGGGGUUUUUCGCGCAUUCUGUUGCGCAGUUUGGCAGUGAUAUACCGAGCAUCAGACAGGUAACGCGCCGAAGCCACCAUUUUACUCUUCUUCUACCAAACAGUUUUCCUGCAAUGGUGUUAGUACUGGUCCCGUUGCCGAAACCUUGCACGAGCAAGAUACGGUAAUCGAGAGUCGAGAAUCGAGAAUCAAUAUUGUACUCGGGACAAGAAAAGGUCGCCGUCCAAGGAACAACUGAUGCAAUGCAAGAGCUUCAAGCUGCUGAGAAUCACCAAUUCUGGAUUACAAGCAGUGAAAAAACUCAUGAGGAGCGUCCAAAUUAUAAAGGAACUUUGGAGGCCAGUCAGCCACGGUGAUUGUCGCACCACGCAAAAACUAGAAUAAAUUUGUUAGCCUGGUCUUGUCUUUGCCACAAAUCACGUAAAACUAUAAAGAAGGUACCACUAUGAACUCUGGAAAAUGAAAAUUCAAUAAUACUAUGGUUGACGACUGACAGUUUAAAAGAGAGACAUCCUUCACCUCAGAAUCUUGGGCGCGCCGCCUGUAAGCUCUGAGGGAGAGGGAAGCCCCAUAAUUUGGCCUAUUUAAAAAAAAAAUGACACUACAAAAAUAACCUGCAAUUAUAAUUUCAAAAGGGAGACUACCAUCACCUCAGAAUCUUGGGCGCGCCGCCUGUAAGCUCUGAGGGAGAGGGUAGCCCCAUAAUUAAUUUGGCCUAUUUCAAAAAUAAAUGACACUACAAAAAUUACCUACAAUAAUAAUUUGGAUAAACGACCGACAUUUUAAAAGAGAGACUACCAUCACCUCAGAAUCUUGGGCGCGCCGCCUGUAAGCUCUGAGGGAGAGGAUAGCCCCAUAAUUUGGCCUAUUUCGAAACAAAUGACAGUACAAAGAUGACCUACAAUAAUAAUUUGGAUAAUGACCGACAUUUCAAAAGAGAGACUACCUUCACCUCAGAAUCUUGGGCGCGCCGCCUGUAAGCUCUGAGGGAGAGGGUAGCCCAUAAUUAAUUUGGCCUAUCUCAAAAAUAAAUGACACUACAAAAAUUACCUACAAUAAUAAUUUGCAUAAAUGACCGACAUUUUAAAAGAGAGACUACCAUCACCUCAGAAUCUUGGGCGCGCCGCCUGUAAGCUCUGAGGGAGAGGGUAGCCCCAUAAUUUGGCCUAUUUCAGAAAAAAAAUGACACUACAAAAAUCACCUACAAAAAUUAUUUGGAUUAUGACCGACAUUUCAAAAGAGAGACUACCUUCACCUCAGAAUCUUGGGCGCGCCGCCUGUAAGCUCUGAGGGAGAGGGUAGCCCCAUAAUUAAUUUGGCCUAUUUCAAAAAUAAAUGACACUACAAAAAUUACCUACAAUAAUAAUUUGGAUAAAUGACCGACAUUUUAAAAGAGCGACUACCAUCACCUCAGAAUCUUGGGCGCGCCGCCUGUUAACUCUGAGGGAGAGGGUAGCCCCAUAAUUUGGCCUAUUUCGAAACAAAUGACAGUACAAAGAUGACCUACAAUAAUAAUUUGGAUAAUGACCGACAUUUCAAAAGAGAGACUACCAUCACCUCAGAAUCUUGGGCGCGCCGCCUGUAAGCUCUGAGGGAGAGGGUAGCCCCAUAAUUAAUUUGGCCUAUUUCAAAAAUAAAUGACACUACAAAAAUUACCUACAAUAAUAAUUUGGAUAAAUGACCGACAUUUUAAAAGAGCGACUACCAUCACCUCAGAAUCUUGGGCGCGCCGCCAGUAAGCUCUGAGGGAGAGGGUAGCCCCAUAAUUUGGCCUAUUUCGAAACAAAUGACAGUACAAAGAUGACCUACAAUAAUAAUUUGGAUAAUGACCGACAUUUCAAAGGAGAGACUAUCAUCACCUCAGAAUCUUGGGCGCGCCGCCUGUAAGCUCUGAGGGAGAGGGUAGCCCCAUAAUUUGGCCUAUUUCAGAAAAAAAUGACACUACAAAAAUCACCUACAAAAAUUAUUUGGAUUAUGACCGACAUUUCAAAAGAGAGACUACCUUCACCUCAGAAUCUUGGGCGCGCCGCCUGUAAGCUCUGAGGGAGAGGGUAGCCCUAUAAUUUGGCCUAUUAAGUAAAAAACAAGUAACAAUACAAAGGUGACCUGUAAUAAUAAUUUUUGGAUUAUGAUUGACAUUUCAAGGAGGCUAAAAUGACUGAUAUAGAAACCAUACUGUAUCUGUGACGUUGAUUAUACAGAUCGCCCAAGCGAACACGAAGAUGUUGAAGUGGAAGCUAGAAUAUCUGGAGUAAUCCAGCGUCUUGGGCUCCUGCCAGCGAAUAAGAUUUUGGCGGGAUUUCGACAGUGCUUGGCGGGCUUUUUGGAGAGUGAUUUGUCACUGGAGGCACAUCGACGCUUACAUCGUCUUAAGCCAGAGAAAAAAGACUUGAAUCCUUCGCCGUUUGAUAAAAAAGGUCGUCCAUUGAAUCAGAUAAUCGGUCUUGCUGUUCCUCAAGGAGAUGUGAAGUAGAGCUCGAGCUCUCGCAUUCGUUUACACCGGCGGCUAUAAAAUGUGCAUUGUUGACGGCUUUUCUCAAACGUUCAAAUAGAGAAGAUUUAAAAAUUUCUUUGGUCAGGGUCUUUUCCACGCAGAGUUCCUUCCAAACCGGAGAAAGAUGUGCCAGCAGAGAGUGUAUUCCUACUUGUGGCUCCACAGUAAAAACUUGAUACGCCGACUCGCCGUUUUCGCUUCGAAGGUCACCAAUGUUGACACGGCAUACUACUCUUGAAAGAAAUUAAAUAAGCCAUGGGAGCACUAUUUUCUUAAAAGAGAGCACUUGAAAAGCCACUGAAAGCGUAUCAAGCCUAUUUGAAUACAAAUGCGGCGAGAAAACUGUAGUUAUCAAUUGCGAAGCCAGCCGCGAAGAUCGACUUCGACCGUGAAAUGAAUUUAUAAUACCCAAAUAGUCUGAUCAAAUUUCGCGUUUCCUUGAGAUGUCUGGUUCGUUUAAUCAGAAGUACAAAGUUCCUUGACAGGCAAUGUGUCCGGCGCUCUCCAAAGGUGUCUGGAGGAAUGCUUAAAACUAAUUACGAAAGUAACGCUUGUCUGUUAUUGGAAACCGAUCUGCGGUGGUUGCUGUGGAGAUUAGGCCUCCUCCUGCGCGCACUAAAAUCGGGGCUCUGGCCUGUUAUGAUCUAGAGACUGCGGGAGAAACGGUCCAAAAACUGGAGUCUCCCGGAUUAUCCAGGAGAGGUGACGGCACUGUUAGUGGCACAAGCAGUAGCACAAACAUUUUUAUUAAGGUCAAGGUGCAUCUGAAGUGAAGGCAAGUAUGCGCACAAGGCAGAACACAGGGCAUUUGAAAUUGUUCCUUGACUUCUAAUACGCAUGCGUGUGCUUAUGUAUGUGCGUACUUAAGCUCUGUCACUACAAGGCUCUUGAGCUUGUGCUUACGUGACCCUUGCGUCGCUCGUUGAGACCAGGAUUUUUUCAAUAGGACGCUUUAGCCAUUGAUUUCUCUUGUAUUUUUAUCCUUCAUACCGAUAACCUGAGAUCAGGCUCUAUUUUCGUUUCGCUUAGAAAAUUACAUUCCGGUGGGCAAGGCGAAACGAAAAUUUCAGCUGUAACCGUUAGAGAGAAUGUAUGAGAACCGCUCAAAUUGGGUCUGAUCUCAGGUUAUCAUUCCGAUUGCUUUUUUAUAGUUUUGCUUCCCUCCGUCACGCAACGUAACGCUCGGACUGUGCGUGACAAAGUUAGGCCAACUGAGGUCUGGGUACGAGGUUGAGUGAGCGCGAGCGGUAAACGGCGAAAAAGUUGGCAUCGUUAAUAAUGAAUGCUCGGCGCUUUGCAGUUUAUCUGGGAGUGAGCCUUGCUGUUUGUUUUGCAUCUAUAGCACUCUAUGUGCUUGCAACAGAACGGUUCCGCCGAAAGAAGGUACUUGGCUAUGACUUGUAGUAGAUAGAAAUUACAUGGUGCCCAUUUGUUCAUAAUGAACAAGAUGAGGUCAAAGUGAAACUGAUCUUUAGCUUUUAAUAGAUAUCACUUGAAGAAAUGAGUGAUUCUUACCGGUGUACCGCUAAGUCUGCAUAGUUACAGUAAACUUACUUACAAAAUGAUUUUUUACCAAAUAUGUAGCCAUUGAAUGAUUCUUUCUAGUACUGAACUGUGUAAAACAAAUUGCCUGUUACCCAGCUGUACCGCUCCAGUUUAUUUCAUACUUCACUUCCGGGUUUACUUGUAAUCGAUAGCAUUGAGUUUCAUGUAGGCUUUACAGAUUGUUGCCACUGUCACUGCUAUUAAAAAGAAUUUAUCGUAAACUAGAAAUACUUCAAUCGCAGGACCUCUCGCAGUACUUGAAAGAGAAAUUAUGACAAGAAGUAGGUUCAGAAAGGGAAAGAAGGUAUUACAGGGAAAAGAACAUAAGAAACAAAACAAAGCUACAAUAAUUUAAAGAAAAGAAAAGAAAAGGAAAGAUUAUUAAAGGAAGAAACCAAAAAAAAAAAAAAGAAAAAUAAGCCGUUUCCAGGAUCGAACUUAGGACAACCUGUUUGCCAGGCCAAUUCGAAACCACUAUGCAACGUGGGAAUGCAUGACUAAAGUGUUGAUGGUAUUUCAUUUAAAGCCUUACUUCCGCCAGCACACACCAUUUAAAGCCGAUUGAGCCGUACUAAAGGCGGGAACUGGGAUAUGCUCCCUUUUAUUUUGAACUUACAUGUAGGGGUGUGUUGUUAAACACUGGGUAUGGUUUUUUGAGUCUUACAGCACUGUUCUUAGAGGAAUUAGGCGAUUUAGCAAAGUUGACAGUAACGUUAGCAUGUACAUGUAAAAUCUGACUUGACCAAUACAGUAUGUUGCCCAGUAUCCGGACACUUCAGUUUAAGAUUGCAAUAACUUUCCUUUGUUACUCAUAAGAGCUCUGAAAUUUGGCCCAGAGAAAAUCUAUCUAGUCCUUAAUAUGACGAAAGACAGUUUAACUUUUUUGCCUUUGUUUCCAUCGCGAAAUUAAUAUUUUUGCACAGCUCCUAUGUUGCCCAGUAUCCGGACAGCUGGCCCAGUAUCCGGACACAACAAUAACAACGUAACUAUACAUAAAUUUCGACAGGCAAGCGACUUAAAAGCUUCUUUUGCACUUGCAAAGUAGUCUGGCAAUCGAUUCCAGAAAUAUAACCUAGCAUCGUGAAAUAAAACAUAGCAAAAAACUGGGGUAUGUGGGGAACGCGAGCGGCUGUUUUAAAAAUGGUAUAUUAUUCUUACUUACUUGUCUAGGAACGUUUUCUCUGAUUUAAGGAAGGCAUCCGUGGAGAUGCCGAAGCCGCAGUUUGCAAGCUCAAUUAGCCAAUCUGCAAACGACUUUCUUCCUUCAUUUUUUAUUUUUAAAAAAGCUUGGGGAAGGGACCUCAACCUGACGGUCAAAGGUCACUCUCCUAUUUAGUCUGACCUGCAGUGUUGAUUUCUCCAUGCUCAGUCCCUACAAUAAGCCUGCUUUUCUAGCACUAAUUCCUCCUUCUUUCACAUCUCUCAAUCCUUUUGUGACAUUUUUCAGACCGUUGCAACCCCAUUCUAGCAGUCACAACAGGGGAAAGUAUGAGAAUUCCAGGUUCAACUCACAUGCUUUCAGUUAUAUAUAGAAAAUGCAGUCACGCGAAACAAGCCGUGCACACGAAAUCAAGUCCCCUCUGAAUGAGUGAAGAAAAUUUCCAUACGGAGUUGAGUAGAAUUACAUUUUACGACUAUAUCAUAUAUCCUAAGCUUUAAUUAUAGUUACUGAUAUGAAAUAAAUCUUAUCCGGAUAAUGUACACAGCUAAUUCAUCGAUUCUGUACAGCAAAGAAAAAACUGUCCGGAUACUGGGCACAUGACAUCAAAACUUAGUGAAUGUUUCUAGCCUCCGUUAUUGCAAACAAAUCGAAUUUCAAGAAGAAUUAAUAAACUUUCUGAAAACCUGACUUCCUUAAGUAUCUUCACCUUAAAGAUAAAACAGUUUCUUUGAAAAUAUCACAUAUUACCCUCCCUUUUCUGAGCAGCACUAAUUUUACUGCGCUGUAAACAGCGUAAAUAUUAGCCAUGAAAAGUUUACUCACCUGAACAGAACGGCGUCUUCCUCGACUAUUUCGCAAGCUUUCAAAUCGCCAAAACUUUGAUCUUAAAGCUGAAAUGUUCAGCUUUCAUUCGAAAUACUUCCUUUACCGAGAACUGAAAAGGGUGCCUGAAGAAUUGAGUUUUUGUUUCAAGUGUCCGGAUACUGGUACCGUCCGGAUACUGGGCAACAUACUGUAGCAGAGUGGCAGCAAAGUUAUUAUUUAAUUACUGAAGUUGUGCUCAGCCCUUUGUGUGUGCCUUCAUGUUGUAAUUUGCUGUUGCAUUGUUUUUCUAUCAAACCAGCCUAAUAAGAACCCCAGAGGACUGCUAUGUUUGUACAUGUGUUUGUACACGUUAACUAUCCUUAACCUGCUGUACAACUUAUUAUUAAAGACACUAAAAAUUUGUCAAAAACUGAUUUUUUCAGAGUAAAGACAACAAGGAAAGUUUGGUUGCACUGAACUUCCCAUUUUUGACAGAUGCUCACUGCAUUGAAUUUGUGAUGAACUCCAAAGUUAUGUUUAUAAUGCGAGGAUUACCUGGUAGUGGAAAAUCAGUAGUUGCCCAUCAGAUUAAACAAGUGUAUGGUGAUAAGGCUGUGAUAUGUUCAGCCGAUGAUUUCAGAGUGACUGAUCAAGGAGAUUAUGUUUGGAAAGCUGAGGAAUAUGAGAUGACACACAUGAUAUGCCAAGAGAAAGCAAACCAGGCCUGUCGAAAUGCAACACCAGUUGUUAUUAUUGGUAAGAAAUAAUACUCAAGUUGAAAUGAUAAUAAAUUAUUAUAUUUGUAAAUCUUGUUGUGUUGUUAAUAACUGCACUUCCAAUCGUCCAUUAUCCUGUGAUUUUCUUAUUUACUCACCAAAAUGAGGUUUACCAUUGUAUUACGUUUACCUUUUCUUAUAGUGUUUAAAUUGUAUAAAUACAUGAGCUAUAUACACCGAUAUUAUGUCCAGUCCUGGAGCUUUUACCAAUUGUAUGGAAAACCUGGAAAUUCCGUGCAGAAUUCAAAGGGAAUGGUGCUUCCCGGUGGGAAUUUUGAAAGAGGCUGGUGCACUCAUUAGAAUUCCUAAUUUGACCAGGCUGGGCAUUUAUUUGAUCUUGCCAAAAUUGUUUAUUAAUUUUUUUAAAUGUUCUCCAACAGAUAACACCAACAUCAAGAAAUUUUUGCUGUUCCAAUAUGUUUCCAUUGCACAUGAUACUGGCUACUGUGUGGUUAUAGUUGAACCUAAGACGAGUUGGAAACUUAGCAUAUCUGAGUUGACCCAACGGAAUCAUCACAAUGUUACAGAGGAGAGACUGAGAGAGCUUUUAUCUGAGUUUGAUAAAGUAUUUGCUCUAUAUUAUGGGUGGUUUCUUUCAGGGGAUAGUUCCCAGACUCUGAAAGACAGGAUGUUAAAAGUCUUGAGAGACUGUUGUGAAAAUAUCCCAUCAUUUCAAGAUAGCUUUGUAAGAGACAGUUCCCAGGAACAAGAUGAACCUGCAAGUAAAUAAAUAAUAUAGUUCCUGUGGUUAUUGUUAUCAUUAUGUAGGAUCAAUUAUAGAGCAUAAUGGGAUAGAGGGGUAAUCUUAGGGCACUGGCCAGGAUGUGUGAAUUUUCUUUAAGUUAUUUUUAGAGGUUGUAAUUGAAUGGAAGUCUAAUUCCUGAGACAUCCAGACAUUUUUAUUGAUUGUUUGAAACAUCGUCAAGUCCAUGGAUGGGUGACUGCCUCAAAGCAAACAAUGCAGAAUAAUUGUAAUGGCGACUGUUGUAUUCUCUCUUGACAACACUGAACAAAAGUUUGCGGACCUUGCCAGAAAUCAUCCUCUGCUUAAUUACAAGGGUUUAUUUGGUCUAAAAGUAAAUUCACAUAUCUCAAGGGCUAGAGUGGGCAUUUUCCUCUCAGUCUUAUUAUUCUCUGUAGGUAGGAAGAUUGAAAUCUUGUUAGAUUCAAAUUUUAUUUCAUGCCUGAGUGCUAAGUGAGACAUUGAGAGACAGUUAAGUUUAUUCUAUGAAUGUCAGAAAGGGCGUGGCCUAUUCCAAGAUAAAAAUGCUGAUACACAGAAAAUUUGCUAUUAACAAGUUUAAUUUUGAUAGUCUCUGUAUAUGAUAGCAUUUUUUAAUGUAGUUUGAAAUUUUUCUAGAGGAAAUUAUUCCAAGAGUAAAUUCCAUUUUCCUUAUUCUGUGAUUAAAUACCAAUUGUCAAUGCACCCUUAGAACCUUUAGCCUCUUAAAAUAGUGUGUUAGUCUUGGAACAUUGUUCUUGGACCAGAUGCUGGAUGGUAGCUCUAUGUUGGCAGCCUUUUAAUUGGAGUAGUGCAGUGGCUUGGGGUGUCUUAAGUUUGGCUGAUGUGUAAUAUUUUUUGUAGGCUGCUCCUCGGAAACAGACUUUCCAUCGUUGCCUUGCCUAGAACAUCCGCGUAGCCAUCUCCACAUAACUACAUUUUUUUACAAGAGAGGACAAACCCAAAGAGCUCGUGAGUAUGUCUGUAUGGUUGAAGAUGCCUUUGGAUCAGUGGCUACUCUGUCAGUAGUUGCCUGGACAAUUACACCAAGAACAGUGACAGCAAGAGUUAAACUUACUUCACAACAACUCAACCUCUGGGGGGGCAUGCUCAGUUCAAUGGAUUCCACAGGACAGGGAAGUGGUGACAGCAAUACAGUACUCAGUCUUAAUGUAAGUGACUAUUCAGCAGAUUCUAGGGACUAGAAUCUACCUGAGAGUCGCUGAUAAAGAAAUGAGAGAUACACCCUGUAUAACACUCUGCAAAAUUCAUUCACUUGGAAAAAAAAUUAGCCCAUUUUUCGCACUACAAGUUACAAAGCCACGUUCUUUUCACGUACACGCGAAAAUCAAGACAUAAGAAAUCAUAAAUGACGCUUCACGCUUCACAAGACAAAAAAAAAACUCCAGUCACUUUCCAAAUGAAAUUAAGGAAAAAAAAAGAAAAAGGAAAAAACAUAGUACCCUGUGCGAAGGUAUGUUUUAAGGUACAGUAAAACAGGCGACAUAAAACGUGCAACUUGUUUUGCGACUUUACUGCAAAACGAGUUGAAUAACGAUGUUGCGCGUUUUACCACCCACGAAAAAAAACCUUCCAACCUUAUUUGUUGCAAGACAGGUUCAAACGUGAGUGGUAAAACGUGCGACAUGGCUCGUUAUUCAACUCAUUUUGCAGUAAUGUUGCAAAACAAGUUUCACGUUUUUUGUAAUGCUCAAUCUACUGAAGCUUUAUAAACCACUUAUACUGAUGGGAGAUCAUUUCCCGUUAAAGCGGUUGAUCUGCCAGUUGCUAACGCUUUCUGUUUCCCCGCCAGUAAGUCGGCUUGCAGGAUCUUCAACCAACCGGUUUUUUUUUUGUUUUAGGAAUCAUCGAGUUGUGCACUUCAAACAACAAAUUCCUCCUUCAUUCCUGCCUCGUAUAAAGAUUUGGUUAUCAAGCCAACAGUUGGUGAUGGAGAUACUGCGCAUGUCACGCUGUCCUGCAGAAGUGACAUUACACCAGUUCACGGACGCUUUGACUUACGUGACCUCAUUACACUUGAAUUAACCAAUCACAGUUAUGAAGAGUACAAAGUGACAGACGGGAUUGUGCGCAGUUAUGGUGAUGGUCAGUGGGGGGUCUACUUGAAUGAACCCAUCUACGUUGAUGGACUUUUUACUGGGUUUUAUGGAUCUUGAGAACAUUUCAUAUAUCUUUAACGUUCUAGUGUUAGCCUGCGGCGCCCCGGAGAGCUUGCUCGCAGGCUAUUCUAGUCUAAGAGCUUUAGCCUUUUGGUUACAAGUCCAGAUGCUCUACCACUGAGCUACUGGAGACUCGUGGGGUUCAGGCCACUAAACUAGGACAAAGCCUAGGUUCACGUGAAAAAAAAAGCUGCAUAUUGCUAGGAGUGGAAUGUCGAUAUUUGCUUUUGCUCAAUAACAGAAAUUCGACGGUGAAUUGAAAAGCCUAGUGAAUAAAUAAGAAAGAUGAGUUUUCAGUCAGUGACCCAGGUAGCUCGAAAGGAAAAAAUCCGAGUACUCUCAAUAGGAGUCGAACGUUACCAGUCCAGAUGCUGUACCACCUAACCUACAGGAGACUGGUGGGAGCUAAGGCCACUAAACUACAAUUGUAGCUUCAUGUGACAAACAUCCUGUAUACUGCUAGGACAAGAAUGUCGAUAUGUGCUUAUGCGCCGAAAUGUGAUGGUAUUAGUUGUAAAUUAAAGACCUAAAGUUAAUUGAGGUACAGAAAGUUCCUUCUUUGUGUGCUGGCUCGUGCUCUUGCACAUCUUACUUUCUUACUUAAAACUUUCAGUUUCACUCUAAUAUAACAGGGUGGCCAAGGGGAAGUGCCUAUCACGCAUCACGGAAAAAUAAAAUAAAAUGUUAACUACAUUAACAAGUAUCCUAUUAUCAUUUGAUCUGACUGGGAAAUCAGAGGUCGAGAGACGAGAAAAAAGGGCAGGAAGUUGGUGUCAUAACUAUCUAUUUUUAAUGUCUCUGCUUCUAGUUUCAAAUCAUAUUAAGCAUCACGGAAAUUUCAAAGGGAAAUCACGCGUCACGCGUUAUGAAAAUAACGGAAAACUACUUUGCCACCCCGAUAUAAAAGUAUGAAAAGUUAAAUGAAAUAUUAAGAGUUCAGUAAAG